ACUACUACCAAUAAAAAAAACCCGUUAAAAACAUUUUGUGCUCAGCCAGGAAAUAGUUUCUGGUAGUUGAGUUACUACUAUAAGUUGCGAGCAUCAAGCUAACAAUGCUACAGCUAUAGACAUACGUAGACGCCGACUUAGUGAGCGAGUCGGCCAGUUGCUAUGAUACGUCACGUCUGCCAGUCAGACUCGUAAUGCACGCAGAAGCAAAAAGUAUUGUAAAGACGCUGACGUGUUUCAGUGUGUUUACCACUCACGUCUGCCUGAACAAUGUCGGGAGGAUAAAUACGGGAAGUAAAAAAAAAAGUAUCCAACGUGGUGCAUGUGUUAUCAGACAGAAUGGAUCACGACAUUCCUGAUUAUAUGACCUGCCAAAAUCCUCUGGUCUGUAAUGCUCUUUCUUUCUAACAGCGAUUUCUUAUUAGCUCUCGCAUUAAAUAAAACUAUACAGAAUGAAAAAUGUUAGCUAUACUAAGAAAAUAAAAAUCAGAGUAGUUACUUCUGGCCAAUAUAAUUACAUGGGAAAUAUUUAUUGGCUCAGAAGCUGUCGUUUGGCCACAAAGUCAAGAAAUUCUGUUCAUAAAAUUGUGUUCUUUCUUUCUUACCUGUGAAAGGUAAUGCUAAUGGAGCCAGCUUGUACUAUAAAAUGAGUGAAAAAACUCCACACAAGUUCCCCACUGACAUUUGCUAUUUUUACUAAUUCUUUUCUAAACAUUUUCUAUGAAACGGCAACACUUUGUUAGAGGUUCCGUUUCCCCUAGGAAAGGGCAUGAACUUGUGACAAUUUAAUCUGUUACUCUUUUUGCUUUAUUAUGUUUUCCAUGAAAUGUUUAAUUUAUUUAAAUUCUUAUGUGUUUAGCUUUGUCAUUUUCUUUUAUGUUUUCUUUUAUCUUAUCGCUGAUGUUUAGCACUUUAUUUCAGCUCUGGCUGCUGUUAAAGUGCUUUAUAAAUAAAGUCGAUAAUGAUCAUGAACAAAAACAGGUUAGUCGGUCCAGUAGCUGAGAAGUUUGAAUGCUGAACAUACAGCCACAGUCUGUUUCCCCUGACCUACACACUGGAAGUGGGGAUCUAUUAACACUAAGUAAUAGGAAUUGAUACUUGGCAUAACAUGACUGGCUUGUUUUUUUUCCUAGGGUCAGUUGAGAAUGAAAAGACAGGGAGGCAGGAUAGACAGCUUCUUUAUAAAAAGAAGCAAAUCAGGCACAGAUCAAACAGGGUUCAGCUCUGACAUCAGCAGUCCUGGUAGCUCAUGUCCUGAGAACAGUCACGAGAAAGAAAGUCUGGCAAACACCAAUCCACCAUCACCAGGUCAGAGUAUCUACAGAAACAGUCAAAUUCCUGCCCCGUUUUAGGUUAUUUUUACUUGCUGGCUUCUGCUAAUGUGUUUCUUUAAUUGUUGGUUCAAUUAUGUUAAUGUACUGUUUUUACAACGUAGUUCCAUCAAAGGAGGAGUCUGAAAACACAGAAAGCUCUGCGCCUGACCAGGAUGAUGAUGAGCCAGAAGGGGCAAUUGCAGGAGAUAUCACUGAUCUCUUCUCAGCAGUGUCCAGCACUCCUUUUGCUUUUCCAAAAGGACCCAGUGAUAUUUCAAAGUCAAAAGAACAGGGCCCUGUUCAGCCAAGUUUGACAAACUUCCCCAGAACUCAGCAUGGAACAAGAAAGAGAACUUUUCACAGCUCCUGGUACAAAGACUAUUCUUGGUUAGAAUAUUCUCUUAUUAAAGACUCCUCCUACUGCUUUGCCUGUAGGCAUUUUUCUUUGCCUAAUGCACCAGAUAGUGUCUUUGCUUCGCAUUCCGGCUUCAGUAAUUGGAAAAAGGCAUUGUCCAAGGAGUCUGGAUUUAAGCUUCACUCAAAGUUAGAGCACCAUGUAAAUGCAAUGUAUGCAUGGAGUCAAUAUAAAAGGGCUAAUGAGGGAAAUACAACCAUGCUAAAUUCUAUAAACACAAACCGGAAAAAAGUGGUGGAAGAAAACCGUUAUUAUAUUAAAACAAUAGCCGAUGUUCUUCUUUUGACUGCAACACAAAAUAUUGCUCAAAGGGGUCAUCGAGAGUCUGGGGACUCUAGAAAUAAGGGAAACUUUUUGGCUAUAUUGGAUGAAAUAGCAAAGCAUGAUCAGUUAAUUGAAAAAAAGCUUAGAGGAUGUGCCAAUGCAAAAUACACAAGUCAUCAAAUCCAAAAUGAAAUUCUUCAGGGCUUAGCAGAGAUGGUACAGACUGAAAUCAUAAAAGAAGUGAAGGAAUGUGAAGUGUUCAGUGUUAUUGCAGAUGAAACAAAAGACUUGCAAAAAAAGGAACAAAUGUCUUUGGUUGUACGAUAUUAUUACAAUGGUGUCAUCCACGAAAGCUUCCUAUGUUUCCAGGCAGCUGAAAGCCUUAAUGCAGCAGGUCUUAGUGCAAUGAUCAUUAGCUGUCUUGAGAAACAUGGUCUGGACUACAGGAAUAACCUAGUGGGACAGGGUUAUGACGGUGCAUCCGUCAUGAGUGGGAAGCAUUCUGGUGUAUCUGCCAGAAUUCAGAGCAAUGCCAGAUUUGCAUUUUAUGUUCAUUGUAACGCACAUUGCUUGAAUUUAGUCCUUGUUGAUGCUACCAAAGCAGUCCCUGAGGUCGUUGACUUUUUUGCACUUCUACAGCAGCUUCAUAACUUUGUGUCUGGCUCUUAUGUUCAUCUGAGGUGGCUUGACGUACAGAAAGAGUUGUAUCCAGCAGAACAACCCAGGGAGCUCCAGGCACUUUCAGAUACGAGGUGGGCCUGCAGGUAUACGGCAUGCCGUACCAUGAGAGACAGACUUCCAGCAGUUCUGAGAUUGUUGCAGGAUAUUGCACUUGAAAGAAAUGGCGAAAGAACAGUGGAGGCAAGGGGCCUGCUUCUUCAAAUAGAUAUCCAAUUUUUAGGUCUUUUGGUUACCUUUUGUAAAGUGCUUGGUGAUGCCAAAUGUCUUUCCGACAUGCUUCAGUCCAGCACUCUUGACCUAGCAAGAGCUGUAGAUCUAGUAGGUGCUCUUAUAGACACUUUCCAGGACUACAGAAAUGAAAAGUACUUUGAUGAACUAUGGAAAGAGGUUGAGGAACUUGCUGAGAAGAGCAAAAUCAGUGUAAAAAUUGACAGAAGAAAUCCAAGAUUAAGUUCAAAAUUUCUUGACUCACUUGUAAUGAGCACUAUAGGACAGAGAAAAUGUGAUGACGAGGGCUUCCCCAGACCACUCUUUAAUCAGGUGCUUGACUGUCUCAUAGCGGAGUUAAAGAGGCGUUUUUCAAAGAAAAAUUGUGAGAUCAUGCAAGGAGUGCAGUCCCUAAACCCCAAAAGUGCAACUUUCUUGAAUGAGGAGCCUCUGAUUGCUUUUGGACAUAUCUUUGAGUCAGAUUUAGAUGACCUGAAACAUGAAGUGCACCAAAUAAGGCGUUUGCUUGAUCAGAGAAUAAAGAGUGAUUUAGGCACACCUUCUACUUUGCUUGAUUUUAUUCUGUUUCUUGAACCUUAUAAAGAGGUUUUACAUGAAUUAUUCAGACUUUGCAAGAUUGCAGUAGUUAGUCCAGUUAGUACUGCUUCUUGUGAGAGAAGCUUUUCUGCUUUAAAAUUAAUUAAAAGUUACCUAAGGACAACAAUGGCUGAUGCCAGGCUAAGUCACAUUGGAACACUUAGCAUAGAGUCAAGGAGGGCACGGGGCCUCAACAUGGAUGACUUUGUAACAUAUUUUGCUUCAUCUCACAACAACCGAAGGAUUUUACUUUUAUGAGUGCAUGAAGAAGUCUUGUGUUUCUCGUCAUGAUUUGGGUCUUCACCGACUGGUACUUGUACCAAUGAUAGUUUAGGAGUCAGUACAUUUGGUCAUAGCUGCAUUAAGUUCGAAAAUAAAAUGCACAUGUAGCAUCUAUUAAAUAACAGUUUCCAUAACAUACAACCUUCUUUUUUGAGAUAUUGUAAUUGUGAACUGUGUGACACUGCAUUCUCAUUGUAAGUCUUGUCUUGUUACAAUGGUGUCAUUUAGAGGUUAAUGUCCACUUAUGCUUUGUGUGGCAUGCAUUGAUAAUAAACUGCAAAUUACAUGAGCAAA